GGGGCAUGUUUUGUGUCACCAAAAGGGAACUGAUGUUACUGGCAGUGAGUCAUGUCCAGAUGCACUGCGGAUGUUUUGGAGACUGUUGCGUAAGAGGGGCUGAAACUUACCAAAGAGCUCCACUCUUUUUGCAAAUCCAGCAUUUAAUUAUCACACAUAAAAUGGAUCCAGCACGCUCCGAAACCGACGCAUUACCGGGCCAUGCAGAAUGUACAAUUAUCCAGAAGAACACCCUGUUGGGCGGAGACAAACCCCUACACCGCUUCAUCAGAGGACAACCCAAGAUCAUCGGUAUCGUAUUGCUGAUCCUUGGCUCCUCGUUCUUCAUUCUGUCCAUCCCACUGAGCGAGGUCGGUUCGUUUGAAAGGUUUGAUGGGUACAUCCAGCCAGGCUUCUGGCUCAGCCCAAUGUUCAUUGUUUGUGGAAUACUGUACAUCGUUACGGAGUAUAACCCGACCAAAAAAACGGUGACAGCUAGUUUGGCUAUUAGCAUCGUGGCAUUGCUGGGGACGCUGUGGGUGGCCUUUGUAGUAGUUCUGCCCAUCUUGCUGUUUGGACAUUACAGCUUUCGGUUUCACGGUUAUGGGCAGGAAGGCCACGCUCCGGUGCUCAUUUUGUACUCGGUGAUUGAGGUCUACACCUUCGUAGGAGUGUUCAUCUUCAUCACCAUGUCAGCACUUGCCGGUAUCUCUCUACGCUCCUCUGGUAGCCAGACCCAGGUCGUGAUGAUGCAAAGCCAUCCACCAACUGAAUGAGGAGCACGCACGCACACACCCUGCACACACGCUUCUCUUUGGACUCAUUAAUGCCAUGUUGUAUACAAAACCUUUUCAAAUGUAUUAGCCUUGGUAGAGAUAUGUGUAUCAAUUGGUACCGCCUAUAUUUACCUUCUACACGCUGUGAAUAGUCAUUCCUACUAAACCACUACUGAUGACACAGAAACAAAUACCUGAUGUACUAAUGCCGUAAUGUAUCUGUAAUAAAAAUAACUAUUUACAUAG